CUCACAAAGUGCGUCGGCAUCACCGGCGGCAUCGCCAUGGGCAAGAGCACCUGCACGACGUUCCUGCGGGACAUCUACGGCGUGCCCGUGCACGACGCCGACGCGGCCGUGCACCGGCUCUACGCGUCCGGCGGCGCCGCGGUCGCCGCGAUCCGCGACCGCUUCGGCGCGGGCGUCAUCUCGGCCGAGGGCGCCGUCGACCGCGCGGCGCUGUCCGCGCUGCUCCAGGCGCUCGACGACGCGGAGCGCGGCGCGGCGUUUCAAGCGCUGGAGGCCAUCGUGCACCCGCUCGUCGCCGCGGACCGGACGGCCUUCGUCGCCGACGCGCGCGCGGCGCGCGCGUGGCUCGUCGGCGUCGACAUCCCGCUGCUCUUCGAGACGCUCGGCGACGGCGCCCGGGCGAGCGGCAUCGACCACGUGCUCGCCGUGACCUGCGGCUCCGCCGCGGAGCAGCGGCGCCGCGCGCUCAAGCGGCCGGGCAUGUCCGAGGGCAAGCUCGACGCGAUCCUGGCGCGCCAGCUCGACGACGGCGACCGGCUGGCCCGCGCGGACAGCGUCGUCGACACGUCCUUCUGGGACAAGGCGCGCGCGCGCGGCGCG